UUAGAAAUGGGAAAAUCUAGUUCGGUGCGUACGAUAUCUUGGCAUCCAGCACAGAGCCAAAGGGAGAAAGAUGGCUUCGAGGGCAGCAAUAAAACUUGGCCCUCAACUUCGCGAGCUGAGGAUCCACCUGUGCCAACGCUCCGCCGCCAGCCAGGGAGUGAGAGACUUCAUUGAACAGAAUUAUGUGGAGCUGAAGAAGGCCAACCCCAAGCACCCCAUCCUCAUCCGGGAGUGUUCCGGUGUCCUGCCCAAGGCCUGGGCAAGACAUGAAAUGGGGAGAGAAACAAGCGCAUCUCUGGAAGGAUUGACAGCACCUCAAGUUGCAGAAGCUAUCUCGAAAUUGAGUGCAUAAAUUAUUUAUUAAAAAUUUCUAUAGAAUGUAUAUACGUAUGUCUUAAUUAUGUAAUAAAAGGAUAAGUUGC